CAAAGUGACUUGAGUCACAACAGUGCAAUAACAUUCCACGUUAUUUUGUUCAUCACUUCGUCUUUUAAGCACAGAUGCUGUCACCUCGGGACGACGACGAUGACGACAACCAUCUCUGCAUCAAAUGUAACGCCACUAUCGUCGGCCUCGACAACUACGUUGAACAUCGCAAGCAGCGAUGCGGCAAAAGCAAAUCGGAAACAAAAUCCGUUCUGCCUAUCAACCCUUUAGAACCCACGUACAGUCUCGGUGCCGACGUCUUUUUCCAAUCCUUAGAACUCCAGAGCAGUGUCAAAAAGACGACCCUAUCUCGACUCACGCCACCUACGUCCAUUUCUAAGGCAAGUAUAGACGUAAAGACAACUUUAACGGUGGCAUCGACUUCUAGAGAUUUGCCGAGAAUCAGUCCCGUCGAAUCUAACCUCCGAGGGGUCGAUUGGAUCGGUGGACAUAGUUUACGAAUAGGGAGUAACGAAGACAAUCAAACGAAACUUAUUAACGCCGUGGCCAGCAUCAGUGGUAAUGUUAAGAAGGAGGUACCGUCCACGUCAUACAGCUUGGAAGCUUUUAAUGAUUUUAAAGGAGAUGAUGAAUCUGAUGAUUGUGAAGAAUCCGAGGAUGACGAAGAGGAAGAGAGCGCCCAUGGGGCCAAAUGGAAGCCCCCACCACACUACACCGGCGGCAAGUGGCGUCCGGCAUCGCCUGACAACGAAGACUGGGAUCUUAGAGAGGAGCAUUCUGGCGGCAAAUGGAAGCCAUUGACUGUCGCAGAGGGCAACGAGCGCGACGACGACUUCGACGCGCCGCCGCCCGGGCAUACUAAGGGCAAGUGGGUGCCCGGGGCACCGGAGAAGACGCAGAUCAUGCAGACGACGAUACAGAACAAGGGAUCCGUUCAGUACUGGUGCGGCCCUUGCAACAGGCGCCUCGGCUCCAGAGCUAUAUACGAAAAACAUCUAAUGUCCAACUUGCACAUGAGAAAGGUGCUACCGGAACAUGAAUUGGAAUUUUCCGGUCACAUAGAUCCCAUACGAAACGUUGCGGAAAAACGUGCCACCCGCCCGUCGCGGUUCUUGAACGAUACCAUCUACCUACAGCCUCAACGAUCGCAAAGAAAGAAACAAAAGAUAAUAAUGAGCCCGAAAAUAGAAAGAGUGAAAAGAAAGCGGAAGCCUUACUUUGUACAAUGUUCAGUUUGCAAGUCCAGAGUUAGAUACCAAUUGAUGGGAAAGCAUUUGAUAUCUCAUUACCACUUCAGAAAAGCGACCGAUACCAAGAGUCCCACCUACCAACAACUAAUUCUCGACAACAUAGACGUCAUAGUACACCAAUCACCAUUCCAGUGCAGCCCGUGCAAGUUUUACACCAACUGGCUAUCAAAUUUUAUGCAACACUGGUUUUCUGACGAACACAAGUUGAACAGCGAGCCGAUGGAGGGGCGUUACUGGUGUUCCUUUUGCAAGUUCGAAUGCGAAACAUCCGACACGAUGGCCGGACACAUAUCCGGGCCGGAGCAUAGCGAGGUGGUGGCCGUCGUCAAUAGGUCGAUGCCUAUAAUACUGCGCAAAAAGACGAUCUUUACUUGCCCCACUUGUUCUAAGGAAUUUAGGUAUAAUGUGGAAAUGAGGCAGCACAGCCGGGCGACCGGGCACGAGCUAUCAUACGCGGCCACCGAUACCUACCAGGAGCUGCACAAGUGCGACCUCUGUAAGGACAAGUUUAAAUCAUCUCUCACGCUGGCGGCUCAUUUAAAAUCGAAGCACAAACAGAGAGCGUACUUUUGUCUCGUGUGCUCCGUAACAUUCAAGUCUUCGGUCGAAGCUAAACAACAUCGGCAAACUUCUGAGCACAGAGUUCGGAGAAAGGAGAUUCAACGAGAGAAGGGAUUGCCAGUCAAAGAUUUAAGCAAGAAAUGUCCUUAUUGUGCGGACGAUGUGCGCCUCGGGAAUAUCAUCGAACUAAAGCAACACAUAAGAAACAUCCAUCCCGACAAGAAGAAAAAGUGUUCGAGAUGUGGGAUGUCGUUCACCUUGUUCCAAGAAGUGACUCGGCACAUCAGAUCUAAAGCCUGUGUGUACCAGAGCGGCGGCCACUCGACCGCCUCAGUAGUGUGGAACUGCAGCCAGUGCGCAUUCACCACCGACUCUCAGGCCGAGUGCUUCUUCCACGAGGUCCUACACUCGCCUUCUAUCACGAAGAUCGUUAAAGGAGACGGAGAGAAAGUUGUAGACAAAUACGAUUGCCCGCUUUGCCCUAAAACAUUCAGCAAGUCAUCUCUCCGCGAUCAUUUGAAGCGGCAUACGUUUGAGAGACCAUUCGCUUGCGACGUGUGCGGGGCCAACUUCACACGACAGAGCAGCCUCACUAACCACUGGAAGCAUGAGCACGGCUGUAAGACUACCUCGAAGGCGCCAGAGCUUGUUAACAAUGCUAGCGCCACAGUACAAAGCGAUCAGUCUAAGAAGAAAACUUCAACCAAAAUGGAGAAUUCCAGCGCCGUGACUGCAAGUGAGAGACGCUGCCCGCACGAGCAGUGCGGAUACGUGGCCACCACAGCGGCACAGCUUAUACGUCAUCGCCGAUCUCACGGCGAGAUCAUCAGGACACACUCGUGCGCGCUGUGCCCCUUCAGCAGCGACCAGGCGAGCCACAUGCGGCGUCACGCGCGCUGCCACGCCGGCCACAAGCCCUACGCCUGCCCACACUGCGACUUCGUCUGCGCCAGUCUGGAAAACCUUCGCAAACACGUCCUCCGCAGCGGCCGUCAUGAGGGACUGUAUAUGUACGAAUGUCCUCAUUGCAAAUACCAAACGAAUAUGGCGGCGGAGCUCCGAACGCAUUACGUGUCCAUACAUCCUCAAAAGUAUGAGGUGAAAACUGCACUCCAAGCUGUCAAGACACAUUUGAUGAAAACUUCGGGACACGAAGACAGCGAAAAUUAAUUUGACACAUUUGAUCGUAAUUUCAUUGAAAUUU